AUGUCUAAGCGAAAACCCUCCGAAGCACCAGCAGCAGCAGCAACAGCAGCACCCAAAACCACCCACCUCACGUCGCGCAAUCCCCCAUGGACCUAUCUCAAGCUCCAACUAACCCACCAACCCAACACCUCCAACACCACAAAAUCCCAACCCCUCGAUCCUCUAACGGCCCGAACGCACCUCACCUCCGCGCUCUCCCAAUUCCUCGGCCUAACGGGCACGGCUAUCCCGGUCGAUAUACUCAAGAUUACAACGCCGGGGUUGGAUACAGCUGAUGAUAGCAGUAGUGGCAGUACCAGCCAGGAGAAGAUCGUCUGGGUGCGUGUUCCGCGCGCAGACGCGACUGCUGUGGUUGAUGCGCUGAGUUCGUGGAUCGGUGGUGGCAGUGGUGGAGGGGGAGGGGAGGACGACGACGAUGCGGUUGGGGCGGUUGCGUGGAGGGUGUGUGCUAGGGGGAAUCAUCUGGGGGGAUUAACAUGUGGGGGAGGGGAGGAUUUAUUCUUGUCUUGA